CGCUUGAGCAAGCUAACCGGCUGCUGCGCUCAAGUCUGUCUGAGACAGUCGUUUCUCUUCUCUCUGUCUCUGCGCCCGGCGUUUCUCGCACAGAAACAUCCACGAGAGCAGAAAGCCGGUCGUCAUGUCUGAAGCCAAGUCUGCAGCCUUCUCCAUCCAGAUAUGCAGGAUCAUGCGUCCUGAUGACGCCAACAUCGUGGGCAAUGUCCACGGCGGCACCAUCCUGAAGAUGAUCGAGGAGGCCGGGGUCAUCAUCAGCACACGGCACUGCAACACCCAGCCGGGGGACCGCUGUGUGGCUGCACUGGCCAGGGUGGAGCGCACCGACUUCCUGCACCCCAUGUUCAUCGGCGAGGUGGCGCACGUCAGCGCCGAGAUCACCUACACCUCCAAGCACUCGGUGGAGGUGCAGGUCAACGUCAUGUCUGAGAACAUCCUGACAGGUGCCAAAAAGGUGACCAACAAGGCAACUCUGUGGUAUGUUCCGUUCUCCCUCCAAAACAUGGACAAAGUCACUGAGGUCCCUCCUAUUGAGUAUGCGAGCCCAGAGCAGGAGGAGGAGGGCAAGAAGCGUUAUGAGGCGCAGAAGAUGGAGCGGCUGGAAACCAAGGAAAGGAAUGGGGAGAUGAUCAUGCCUGUGCUCAGCCCAGACAGACAAACGAAAGAGCCCUACACUGUGGGAUUCAGCCAGUCCAGCCUGAUUCACCUGGUGGGACCCUCUGACUGUACGCUGCACAGCUUUGUACAUGGAGGCGUGACGAUGAAGCUGAUGGACGAGGUCGCCGGGAUCGUUGCUGCCCGUCACUGCAAGACCAACAUCGUCACGGCCUCCGUGGACGCCAUCAACUUCCACCGCAAGAUCAAGAUAGGCUGCGUGGUUACCGUUUCUGGCCGAUUGACCUUCGCCAGCAACAAGUCCAUGGAGAUCGAGGUGUUUGUGGACGCCAACCCACUGGUACAGCCGGGUGAGGGGAAGUACCGGGCUGUGACCGCCUUCUUCACGUACAUCUCCCUGGACAAGGAGGGCAAGUCUCUUCCCGUCCCGCCGCUGAAGCUGGAGACUGAGGAGGAGCAGAAACGUUUCGAGGAAGGGAAAGCGCGGUACCUGCAGAACAAAGCGAAGCGACUGGCGGAGAAAGAACGCCAACAAUGACAUACCUCUCCCAACAGCCACCCUAUAGAUGAAACACAGCGGCCCUGGGACACCAUAAAACCAUUCUACAGCACAUUUUAAAGAACCCCUCUAUAGAAUAGUGAACCUGAUAGAAAUUGGAAGGCCAGCCUUUCAGUUUUACUUGAAACGCAUCAUGUUCUCGACUUUACGUUUCAGUGCUGCAUACCAAAGCAUCUAUAUAUGUGUUUAAAAAGAAACAAAGUAAUAUAAAUAUUAUAUGAAUAAUAUAUCAUAUUUUGUCCUCAAUUUUUUUAUUUAUACAGGCUGUAAUCACCAUGUUCAGAAAGU